AUGUCAGGACCUUACGGACAACCUGGCUACAACCCCCAGUACCAGAAUCCAUAUCCAGCAGGAGGACCUCCUCCACCUGGUUGGAGUCAAGGACAGCAGCAACAAGGAUUCAUGCCUCCACCGAUGCCGCAUCCAACUAUGAUGGGUAUGGGAGGUAACCCACAUUAUGCUGAGGGUGGUGAACCCGACAAGUAUAACCUUCAGUUCAGUGAUCGAACAAUCCGUGCGGCAUUUGUGCGCAAGGUGUUUUUCAUGGUGGCAAUUAUGCUCGGUGUGGUAGCAAUAAUGACCGCGAUUCCGUUCCUGAAUAACGAUACGAGGUUGUUUGUGGCAAGAAAUAUGGGAAUGUACUGGGCCGCAUAUGGAGUCUUCUUCGCAGUAUAUCUGGCGUUGAUGUGCUGUGAGUCAGUGAGACGGUCCUUCCCAGCAAAUAUCAUUCUAACAGCUGUUUUCACGUUGGCUGUCGGGUAUAUGACGAUGAUGAUUACUGCGCAUCACAAUAUCGUGUCAGUGCUGCUCACGCUUAUCAUCUGUACAGUUUGCUGUGGAUCGAUCAUCAUUUUCUCGAUGCAGACCAAAUACGAUCUGACGAAUAUGAUGGGAAUUAUGUUCAUCCUGUCGAUGUGUCUGAUGGUAUUCGGAUUGGUGGCGAUCAUCUCGGCGAUCUUUUUCAAAGUAAAGUUCAUAUACAUGGUAUAUGCUGCACUGGCCUCGCUUCUCUUCAUGUUUUAUUUGGCCAUCGAUGUACAGUUGUUAAUGGGCGGACGCAAAUACGAGAUUUCUCCAGAAGAUCACAUUUUCGCGGCAGUUCAGAUCUUCCUUGACAUCGUGUACAUCUUCUGGAUGUUACUCUCCCUGUUCGGAUCCAGCAACAAUUAA